AUGCCUCCUCCGCCGCACCAAAAGCCCGAGAAUGUUCUCAAAAGGGCUCACGAACUCAUCGGAGUCGGCCAGGCUCCCGCCGCCUUGACUCUGCUCCAUGAGCAUAUCACCAACAAGCGCUCCCGAAAUGUCCCAAUUAUGUCGCUGGAGCCUGUGAUGCUCCUCCUCGUCGAGCUUUCUGUCGAACAAAAGAAGGGCAAGCUUGCCAAGGACGCCCUUUACCAAUACAAGAAUAUUUCCCAGAACACAAAUAUUGCUACCAUCGAGCUGGUCCUUAAGAAGUUCAUUGAGCUCGCGGUUGAGAAGGUUACUGCUGCCCAGCAAAAGGCCGACGAAGUUCAGGAGAGCAUUGACGCUACUGCCGGUGCCUCCAACAUCGACGAUCUCGAGGCCACCGAGACCCCGGAGUCCAUACUCCUUGCUACCGUCUCCGGUGAGCAGUCCCGAGACCGUACCGACCGGGCUAUCGUCACUCCUUGGCUCAAGUUCCUCUGGGAGGCCUACCGAACUGUCCUCGACAUUCUCCGAAACAAUGCUCGUCUCGAGAUCCUCUACCAGAGCACCGCCACCCAGGCAUUUGACUUUUGUCUCAAGUACACUCGCAAGACCGAGUUCCGUCGCCUCUGCGAGCUCCUCCGAAACCAUGUGCAGACCGCUGCCAAGUACUCCUCUCAGAUGCACGCCAUCAAUCUGAGCGACCCCGACACUCUCCAGCGACACCUUGAGACACGUUUCCAGCAGCUCAAUGUCGCGGUAGAGCUCGAGCUCUGGCAGGAGGCUUUCCGAAGUGUCGAGGAUGUUCACACUCUCCUUAGCCUCAGCAAGCGACCUCCCAAGAAUGUCAUGAUGGCCAACUACUACGAGAAGCUUACGCGGAUUUUCCUUGUUGGCGAGAACUACCUCUUCCACGCUGCGGCUUGGUCGCGAUACUACACUCUUCUCCGCCAGUCCUCUGUCCUGGUUGCCACUGGCCAGGGCAAGAAGGCUGACAAUCCCCCUGCCUCCGAUGCUGAGCUUCAGAAGGCCGCCUCUUUCGUUGUACUAUCCGCCCUUGCCAUCCCUGUCAUCAGCACAUCCCGAUCUCGAGGGGCCAUGGUUGACUUCGACGAGGCCAGAAAGAACAAGAACUCUCGUUUGACUCACCUCCUUGGAAUGUCUCAAGCCCCUACUCGUGCCAGACUGUUCCGGGAUGCUCUCUCAAAGUCCCUUCUUCAGCGCGCUCGCCCUGAGAUUCGGGAGCUUUACGAGAUCCUUGAGGUCGACUUCCACCCUCUGUCCAUUUGCCAAAAGAUCUCUCCUAUCCUGACCAAGAUUGGCGCCGAUUCUGAGAUGGAGAAAUACAUUCUUCCCCUGCAGCAGGUCAUCCUUACCCGUCUGUUCCAGCAGCUUUCCCAAGUCUACGAAACCGUCGACCUGUCUUUCGUCGAGAGCCUGGCUCAAUUCCCGGAGCCCUACCAGGUCACUCGUGGAACUAUCGAGAAAUUCAUCAUGAAUGGUAACAAGAAGGGUGAUCUUUCUGUCCGAAUGGCCCAUGCCACAGGGGUUCUGAGCUUCGAUAACGAUGUCUUCUCAUCCUCCAAGGCUAGCCACGGCGGGUCCUCUGCUGGUUCUGCAGAGUCUGAGACCGGUACCGUCCAGCGUCUUCAGAGCACUCCCUCUGAGAUUGUCCGCUCCCAGCUUACCCGCCUCGCCAAGUCUCUCUUCACCACCUGCCAUUACGUUGACCCCGGCUUCAACAAGGGGCGCCUCGAGGCUCGUGAAGCUGCUCUCGCUCGCGCCAAGGCUGGCGCUGAGGAGGAGCAUCUCGCCAUUCUUUCACGAAAGGACCUUAUCCAGAAGCGCAAGGAGGUUGCUUCUGAGAUCCAAGCCAAGAAGGAGAAGGAGAAUGCCCGCCAGAAGAGACUUCGUGAGCAAGCCCUUCAAGAAGCUGAGGAUCUUCGUCUCGCCAAUGAGCAAAAGGAGCGCGAGGCCAAGCGCCUCAAGGCUGAACGCGACCGAGUUCGCAAGGAGGAACUCAAGAAGCAGAUCGCCGAUCUCAAAAUUGGCGACAAGGCUAUCGAUAUUGAUCUGGAGGAUCUCGACAACCUUGACAGCAACCGCCUACGCGCAAUGAAGCUGGCUCAGCUCGAGCGUGAAAAGAAUGAUGUCAACGAGCGUCUCCGCAUCACUGGCAAGCGCCUCGAUCAUCUUGAACGUGCUUUCCGUAAGGAGGAAGCCAAGAAACUACACGAGGACUAUGCCAAGCAAAUUGAGCAGGACCGCAAGAUCUAUGAGACUGUCAAGGCCCAAACCCUCAAGGAUGCUGAGCAGAAACACAAGGAGAGUGUUGAACUCAAACACCGACUCAGUCGACUGGUGCCUCAGUACGAGGAGUUCCGUGACUCCCUCCAUGAACGCCGUCGUGAUGAGUUCGAGAAGCGCCGUCGCGACGCUGAGCGUGAGCUUGAGAAGCAGAUCGCGCAGCGCAAGAAGGAGGUCCGAGACCGACGUCUUCGUGAGAAGCGUGAGCGCGAGGAGAAAGAGCGUGAGCUACGUGAGGCUGAAGAGCGCGCUGCUCGUGAGAAGGAGGAGCAGCGCAUUCGGGAUGAAGCUCGUAAGGAAGAGCUUGCCAAGCUCAAAGAGCAGCGGGAGAAGGAACGUCAAGAGAUGCUGGAGAAGGCUGCCCUUCAACAGCGACGCGAAGAAGAAGCACUGGCUCGUCGCAAGGCGGAGAAGGCCCAAGGGGCUGGUAGCUUCUCUCGUGGACCAGAGCGCACAGAUUCGUCCGAGGGCCGAAGACCACCGGUCUUUGGUGCCGGCAAAUGGCGAGAACGUGAGGCGGCCAGCCGUGAAGCUGGUGAUGCUCCUCCUUCUCGAGCACCUCCUGCCGAGAGGUCUGAUUCCAACGACCGACCUUCUGCUGGUGGUCCUCCCAAGCUUAAUCUCACUGGUGGCAAGCCCAGCUGGCGAGAGCGUGAGGCUGCAAAGCAAGCCGCUGGUGGCGGAGCUGAUGCUGGAUCUUCCGCCCCUCCCCCUCGCUUCGCGCCUCGGGGUGGUGCGCCACCUAUGGACCGAAGCGGCUCCGGCCGUGCUGAGGAGGAUCGAAAGCAGUCUCCCGCUCCUCCUGCGGAAUCCCUACCUGCUUCACGAACAGCCGGCAAGUGGGUUCCUCCUCACAUGAGGAACAAAUAA